AUCAGAGGCGGCGCUGCAGCAAGCCCCGCCCCGCGCGUUUGACGGUGAGCAGCAGCAGGACCGACGCGUUUCAGCACCUGGGAGCUGUCCGCAGCUCACGAGCCUGCCAACAGCUGACGGUGAGGAUGGCCAAGGUGCAGCAGGUGGGCCUGCUGGCGGCCGGCUGCCAGCCCUGGAAUAAAGAUGUCUGUGCAGCGAGUGGAGACCGCUUUGCCUACUGUGCUACGCUAGCCAUUUACAUCUACCAGCUGGACCAGCAGUAUAAUCAGUUCAAGUUGAGGUCCAUCAUGUCGGAACACAAAAAGACCAUCACAGCGAUCAGCUGGUGCCCCGACAACCCAGACCUGUUUGCUUCUGCCUCUGCCGACAACCUGCUCAUCAUUUGGAACGUGGCAGAGAAAAAGGCCGUCGCCAGGCUGGACAACACCAAAGGUGUCCCCGUGUCUGUCAGCUGGUGCUGGAACUCUGCUGAUGGGCUGGCCUUCGUCUCCCAGCGUGGGCCGCUGUACAUCUGGGCCUAUCGAGGUUCUGAUCCAGGAGUCACGGUGCACAAAGAAGCCCACUCCUUCCUGUCAGACAUCUGUCUCUUCAGAUGGCACCCGACUAAGAAGGGCAAGCUGGUGUUUGGACACACGGACGGCAGUUUGUCCAUUUUUCAGCCGGGAAGUAAAAGCCAGAAACACGUUCUGCGUCCGGAGUCCCUGGAAGGGACCGACGAAGAGGAUCCAGUCAGCGCUCUGGAAUGGGACCUGCUUUCCACUGACUACUUACUGGUGUCCAACCUCCAUAACGGGGUCCGGCUGGUGGACAGUGAGGCGUUGGUGUGCAUCACGUCCUUCUGCUUCCCGUCUGCUGCUGCGUCCGUCCAGUGUUUGGCCUGGGUCCCGUCUGCACCAGGAAUGUUCAUCACUGGAGACUCACAGGUGGGAGUGUUGAGAGUGUGGAACGUGUCCCGCUCCACACCGCUGGACAGCUUUAAGCUCAAGAAAACCGGAUUUCACGCUUUACACGUCCUCAGCUCCUCUCCUGCUAAGAAAGCUCAGACUUCCUGUUCUCCCAGUAAGAGCCAGCACACCAGUUCCACCAGCGAGGCGGUUCCCCCGCCGACCCUGUCCCAGAACCGCUCCUUCUCCCUGCCACCAGGCCACGCCGUCUGCUGCUUCAUGGACGGCGGCGUGGGACUCUAUGACAUGGGGGCCAAGAAGUGGGACUUCCUACGGGACCUGGGACACGUGGAAACCAUCUUUGACUGUAAAUUCAAACCGGAUGAUCCCAACCUGCUAGCGACUGCCAGCUUCGAUGGAACUAUCAAGAUCUGGGACACAAACACGUUAACAGCUGUUUCCACUUCCCCCGGGAACGAAGGCGUGGUCUAUUCCCUGUCCUGGGCUCCAGGCGACUUGAACUGCAUCGCUGGAGCGACGUCUCGUAACGGAGCGUUCAUUUGGGAUGUCAGGAAAGGGAAAAUCAUCACUCGCUUUAAUGAGCACGGCAAAAAUGGGAUCUUCUGUAUUUCAUGGAGCCAUAAAGACUCGAAGAGAAUCGCCACGUGCAGCGGAGACGGGUUCUGCAUCGUUCGGACCAUCGAUGGUAAAAUCCUCCAUAAGUACAAACAUCCCGCUGCUGUUUUCGGCUGCGACUGGAGUCAGAACAACAAGGACAUGAUUGCAACGGGCUGUGAAGACAAGAACGUCCGAGUCUACUAUCUGGCCACCAGCUCGGAUCAGCCUCUCAAGGUCUUCACCGGACACUUAGCUAAAGUAUUCCAUGUCCGCUGGUCCCCACUCCGAGAGGGAAUUCUGUGUUCAGGAUCAGAUGACGGCACCGUUCGGAUCUGGGACUACACCCAGGACGCCUGCAUCAACGUCCUGAGCGGUCACACGGCGCCCGUCCGAGGCCUGAUGUGGAACACCGAGGUUCCUUAUCUCCUCAUCUCAGGAUCCUGGGAUUAUACCAUCCGGGUUUGGGACACCAGGGACGGGACGUGUCUGGAUACGGUGUUCGACCAUGGAGCUGAUGUCUACGGUCUCACGUGCCACCAGAACCGACCGUUCACCAUGGCGAGCUGCAGCAGAGACAGCACGGUUCGGCUCUGGUCCCUCACGCCGCUCGUCUCUCCUCUGCUGUUGAACAUCCUGACCCAGCAGCCCUGGGAGAAGAUCAUCGGGAACACAGACACGGCCAUGGUUCCAGGCUCGCCCCCGCUGCUCUGCGGGAAAGUGUCCAGAGACAUCAAGCAGGAGCUGGACAAGCUGAGUGGAGAUGUCCGGGCCAAGAAGCUGCGCUGGUUCUCCGAGUGCUUCUCGCCUCCAGGGGGCAGCAGUAACCUGUGGGACCUGGUGUUUGUCAUCAACGGUCAGGACGACUCGCUGCUGCCAGCCAGCUACAGCAAAGGAGUGAUGCACAUGAAGCACCUGGUCAAGUUUAAAACCUCUGAAGCUCAGGAGCUGACCAUCGUUAAGAUGUCCAAGUUUGGAGGAGGAAUCGGAGCUCCCAGUAAGGAGGAGCGUCUGAAGGAAGCAGCAGAUAUCCACCUGAGACUGGGGCAGAUCCAGAGAUACUGUGAGCUGAUGGUGGAACUGGGUCAGUGGGAGAAAGCCCUGUCAGUGGCUCCAGGAGUCUCCAUGAAGUACUGGAAGAAGCUCAUGCAGCGACGAGCUGACCAACUGAUGGCUGAAGAUAACGAUGACGCCAUACCGUUCUGUAUCGCCACCGGCGACAUUAAAAAACUUGUGACGUUCUUCAGCAGCCGAGGGCAGCUGCUGGAGGCCUUACUGAUCGCACAGGGAGCGUCUGAGGGCAACAUCCGUUCACCUCCAAUGUUCUCAGUCAACCACACACUCAACGAUGUGGACAACAGAGAGCAGUACCAGAGCAUCCUUCAGAACGUCUGUAAGGAGCUGGCUGAGUGGUUCUUCCGGGACGGGUGCUCGGUUCUGGCCGCGUGCUGCCACCUGGCGGUGGACGACCUCCAGUUAGGCAUGGCCAGCCUGAUCCGAGGCAAUGAGCUGGAGUUAGCAGCAUGCGUAGGCCUUGUCCUUGGAGAGGCAGCCAAUCAGAGCACAGCUUACUGCCUGGAGCUGUUGGCUAGGAAGUACAUGACCAUGCCCACAUGGGAGCUGUCAGCUGACCUGCUGGGAAUGAUCCCAGACAAUCACAUCCUAUUGGCUAAACUCUGCGCAUUUUAUCCAGGAAGUGCUGCAGAGAUCGACCAGCUGCAUGACAGAUGUGGCCUUCCUCCGAUGGAGGAGUGUAAAGCUCUGGCAGAUGAAGCCAUGAACGAUGGAGAUUUGUUUUCUGCCGUGAAGCUCCUGCUGCUGAGUGCCGAGCCUGAACACGCCCUUCAGAUAGGGAUUAACUAUGUUAAAGAACAGCUGUCUGGACCCGACUGGACUGUGGACAGCGUUCAUCCGGUCCUGGACCUGAUGAGUUACAUCCGGACCGACCGCCUCACCAUGGCCCAACAGACAGAAGCCCUCAGUGAGCUGCUGAUCUUGUGCGGUUACAUCGGAGGUCUCCUGGCCAUCAGGAUGAACUACUCCAGCAUCGUACCUGCUCUCUAUGAAUACACCAGUCAGCUGCUGAAGAGAAGGGAGGUGCGUGUCCCUCUGAAGAUCGAGCAGCUGUCAGUGGAGCUCGAUGCCUGGAGGUCAUGCACGCAAACCAAGAGCACGCCUCCGUCUGAAGGCCAAAGAGAAGAGUUCAGCUGCCUGGAGACCCGGAUCCAGCCAACAGAACCCGCGGUCCUGGUUCUGUGUGGAGCUGAUUAUGUGACGGGUUCCAACCUGCCGAGUCAUUCGGACCUUCAGCUGUCCUGUUUUACUGGACACAGAAUCCAGGGUCCGGUGUAUUUCCUGGAGGAUAAUAAGUCAUCCAUCUCUCUGAACGACGCUCUGAUGUGGGCCAAAGUGAACCCGUUCUCCCCUCUCGGAACCGGAGUUCGGAUCAACCCGUUCUGACGCGGCAGAAGAACGAUCCAGGAGGCUUUCAGCACAAAGCAGAGAUAGAAACUAAACACUGACCUGAAACUCGAGUCACAGGAAAUUUCCUUUCAUUUUAUUGGUUCAGGACAUGAAAUCAGCCCGAGUCCAAUCAGAACCGGACUGUGGGUUUGUUUAGAUGGAGAGAGAAGAUGCUUUAUAUGAAUUUGAGAGAGAUAAACACACGGAGGUGAUGAAUGUUUCUUCUCUUCUCUUUGACUCGAAUCAGCUUGCUGAACCAGAUCCAGUCUUUAGUAGCUGUGAUGUGAUCAGAACCCGACCCGAGACUCUGUAGCAUCCAGUCGGAUCAUCUGAAUGAAGAUGAACCAAUCUGAACUCUUUUGGUGUUUGAACAGUGAAAUAAAGUGAGGAGGAGGCCCAACAGCCCCCCCCCCCCAACGCAGACA